AUGGUAAUUGGAGCAAUUGACGGUUCUCAUAUACCUUUAAUAGAAGCACCAAGUAAAAUUAAUAAAGAUAUAUAUAUAUCUCAUAAACAUCGAUAUAGUAUUCAUCUACAAGCUAUCAUUGAUCAUAAAGAAUAUUUUACUUGUUAUAAAAUCGGUUGGCCUGCAUCAGUUCACGAUGCAAAAGUAUUUAAACACUCAUAUAUAUAUAUAAAUAAUAAUCUUUUUAUUAAAAAUGAAGAUUAUUUAUUAGGUGAUUCUGCAUAUCCCUUAUUACCAUGGAUAAUGACACCUUUUAAAGAUCCACAAGGUUCAAAUGCGCAACAACAAAAAUAUUAUAAUACUUAUCAUAGUAAAACAAGAGUCGUUAUUGAGCAAGCAUUUGGUAAAUUAAAAGCCAGGUUUCCUUUUUUAAAAUAUAUAAGAUUAAAAGAUACAGUAAAGAGAAUGGAUAUAAUUGAUAUUGCUUUGAUUUUACAUAAUUUCUAG